AUGGAUGUGCAGACGCGCAGCGAGUCUAUCAACAAGCAUGUUGCCUUCCGCAUGUGCGUCGCCACCGUCCUUCUCGCCAUCAGCGGCAUCUUUGUCGUGGUUGCGUGUGCUGUGCCGGCAUUCUCUGCCGGGACGCCAACCUUCAUAUAUGAAGUGGACGGGAGCGAUUACGGUGGGUCGGUUGGCUAUGGCAUCUGGGGCGUCGGCGGAUAUCUGAACGAAGACAGCUGCGACGCGGUCAACGCGUUCAUCACGCUUCGUGGUGGCGAAGAAUGGUCUUGCUCGGACGUGGUCUCCUACCACUGCGAGUACGCGACAUCGAUCUUGACGGUUCUGCUUGUGUUCGUCGCCUUUGUGCUCGCCUGCCACGGCUCCCGCUCCAGGCGGCCCAAGCCCUGCCUCACCGCCGCCCUCGUCGCCGCGGCGGCGGUGCUCUCGGUCGUGCCGUUCGCGCUGUGGGAGUUGAUCGCCUGCGUGACACUCGUGGACGACCCCGCAGACUUGGAGUGCGGCCGCUCGUGGUCGUACGCCCUCCAGGUCUGCGGCUUCCUGAUCCUCAUCAUCGCCCUGUUCACGCUGCCCGGUGUUGAGAAGAUUUGUGAGAUUUGUUCUUAG